AAGCACGCAAGCAGCUGCGAAAUGAGCCAGUUCUUCCUGGGUUUCAAUCCUUUGUCGCAGCUCUCUCUCAGGGAUCCAGCUCUGUGUCCUGAGGCUCCAGGAUUACUCUCCUCUCCUCUCCUACGAUCCAGGGGACCGCAUGAUCCCCUUGCAUCUCCGGGAUUCUCCUCUCUUUUGGGAUCCCAUUCCCAGUCCUGGAUACAGUAAGGGCUGAUUGUUCACUCUGUGCCCCGGAAAUGGCUGGACAGGAACAGCAGGGACACAGCUCACAGAAACUACUCCCCCUGCUGCUGCUGCUAAAUGUUGUUGCUGCUGUUUCAGGUAACUCACCUUUCCCGGUUUCUGGGUACCUGAGGGAGCAGGUUGUGCUGCCCUGUACCUACAAAAGGAAUGUCCCAGUCUCUGAUUUACAGAUAAUCUGGGGGACACUUAAGAAGGAAAUUGUCCACAAGUUUGUGAAUGGGAGCGAUGAUUUAAGAGAACAAGACCCACAGUUCAGAAACAGAACAAACCUGUUCAAAGAUCAACUGGAACAAGGCAACUGGUCAGUUCUGAUCUCUGACCUCAGGGAGACAGACCAGGCCGAAUAUCAGUGUCAGAUUUACAGCAGGAUGGAGGAUCACUUUCGAUGGGAGGGAGUUGUUUCUGUCCAUCUCUCUGUCACAGAGCGAGCUCCUACACCUGGACCGAACACACCUGUACUAGGUGACUGGCCUGUCCCAGUUUCUGGGUUCCUUGAGGAGCAGGUUGUGCUGCCCUGUAUCUAUAAAGGAAAUGUCCCAGUCUCUGAUUUACAGGUUAUGUGGGGGACGUCCAGGAGUGAAAUCGUACACAAGUUUGUGAAUGGGAGCGAUGAUUUGAGAGAACAAGACCCACGGUUCAGAAACAGAACAAACCUGUUUAAAGAUCAACUGGAACAAGGCAACUGGUCAGUUCUGAUCUCUGACCUCAGGGAGACAGACCAGGAUGAAUACCAGUGUCAGAUUUACAGGAAGGUAGCUGCUCACUUUGAUUGGGAACAGACUGAACAUGUUCAUCUCUCUGUAACAGGUCCUGGACUCUCCACUGGACUAAGAGUUGGAUUGGGAAUCGGGAUUGCUACUAUUUUUAUUGUAGCUGGAAUUGUGGGUUACAUUGUCCUCCAGCGACAAAGAAGGAAUUGUGAUCAAAACCACUCCAGGCAUCAAAGCAUCAGAUGGUCUCUCUGUGAGAGGUGACCUGUUCAGAUCAAGCACGGAGCCUCGUGUCAACAACACCCGACCAUCAGGAUGGAGUGGCUAGGGGAACGUGGCUGUCCGACACUGAUUUUUCACUGCACUGAACCUGGAUUCCAUAUAUUCACCAGCCUCUGGUUGUAGAAAUUCCUUCUCAUAUCUGUUCUAAAGUGAUGUCCCUUCACUCUGAGGCUGAGCCCUCAGGUCCUUGUCUCUCCUAAUCAUGGAAAUGUCUCUGCCUCUAAUUGUUCAAAAUUGACACUCCAACCAAAAUGAAGCACUGAACGGUGAUAGGAAACCUGUUCAGGUGAAGCACAGAGCCCUGUGCCAACAGCACCUGAGCAUCAAGAUGGAGCAGCUGGAGAACAAAACCUUCUGGGGAAUAGGAUUGUCCAGCACUAACUAUGUUUCCACUGCAAACAGCCUGGCUCAUGGAGGGGGGAAAUCAGCCCAGUAUUGUAGCCUUAUGGAAGGUGUUUGAUACAGUGCCACACAAUAGAUUUGAGGAAAGUUAUAGGUCAUGGAAUAAAAGGGACUUUAGCAACUUGGUUUCAGAAUUGGCUGAGGGGAAAUAAAAAGGAAUAAUUGUUAAAAUGGAUAUUUUUCAGACUAGAGGAAGCUUUGUAGAAGUAUUCCCAAGAGGCUGGUAUUAGGACCCUUUUAUCUUCCUGAUACAUUUCAAAGUUUGCAUAUGAGGCAUAACUUGGAAGAAUUAUAUACUGAGGAUUGUGUAGAACUACAAAAGGACUUAGACAAAUGGGUGGAGUGGCCAGAUGGGUGGUAGACUGGGCCCAAUGUAGAGAAGUAUGAGAUGAUGCAUGUUUGAUCGGAAGACCAUCAAAAGAUAACAUAAAAUAGGGUGUACAAUUCUAAAAGGAGUUGCAGGAGCAACAGGUGGCCAGACAGAUGGAGAACAAGGAGCAAGUGAGGACUGCAGGUGUUGGAGAUCAGUCAAAGUGUGGUGAUGGAAAAACACAGCUGGUCAGGCAGCAUCUGAGGAGUAGGAGAGUCGAUGUUUGAUCAAUGAGCUCUUCUUCACGAUGAAGAGAGGAGUUAGUAAAACAUCAUUCAUAGGGGCAUGGAGUGUCAGAAAAAAUGUAAUGUUGAACUUGUACAAGACACUUGAAUAGAGGAUAACAGGAGAUCUGAUAGAGGGUUUCAAAAUCACAAGCAGGUUUUACAGAGUAGAGAGGAAGAAAAUGUUCCUGUUAUAAAAGGAUUGAGAAUCAGAGCACAGGUUUAAAGUGCUUUUCAGAAGAAGCAAAUGCAAACUGAUUUUUAAAGGAAGUUUUCACGCGGCAAGUCUUAAAGUAUGGAAUGUGCUUUCCUGGCAGUGUGCUGAAUAGGUUCCAUUGAGGCAUUCAAGAGAGUAUUAGAUAAUUGAAACAAUUUCUGCAAGGUAAUGGGGGGGAGAAAGCAGGAGAUUGGUACGAGAUAAUGAUGCCCUCUUGAAGAGCUGGUGCAGACACAAUGGGCAGCACCUGAACCAGAGCCCGUCAGUGAUAGUCCCAAGGUAACAUGCAGGUGGUUAGGAAGAUAAAGGGGACAUUGGGCAUUAUUGGAAGAGGAAGAUGUAUUAGAGGACAAAAUCUUGCUGUAAGUUACAUACGGGAUAGGUAUGAGCAAAUUAGAAAAUUGUGAAGGAUUGAUCCCAAUCCAAAGCAGGAUAUUUUUGCCUCAGUGUAAAACAAAAGUUCCCUAGACUCAGUCCUGGGAUGAAUGGGUUCAACAAAGGUGAGAUUAUUUAAUGGAAAUAUAAUAUUCUGGGGGUCUUGAAGAUAGAUGCUGAGUGGCUGUUUCCCUCCUACCUGGAUGGAAUUCUGUAUCUCAGAUGGUUGUGGAUGCUCUAUUGGUCAAUAUAUUUGGGGCUGAGAGCUAGAUUUUUAAACUCUUGCCUUUGUUUUCAUAUUCCGUUUGUGGUUUAUCUCUGCCUAUCUGUAAUGUCCUUUACUCACACAACUCCAUUCCUCCUCUUUUUUUUCCAUCAGUCCACCACAGACAGCUGUGCUUUCAGCUGUCUGGAUGCUAGGGUCUGACAUGUCCUCUUUUCUGAGUUUAUCGGAAUCCCACUCCUGUGCUGUGAUUCUCUUUAUAAAAACCAAACACUGAUCAAACUUAAAUUUCUUUUCGUGUAACUUAUGGUCGAGUUUAAUUGUCCUUGUGAAGCAUUUCAGAUGUUGUCUGUCAAAGGUGUUAUUUAAGAUCAUAGGAGCAGAAUUAGACAACUUGGCUCAUCAGGUCUGCUCCACUUUGAUAUCAUGGCUGAUAUGUUUUGUAUUACCAUUCUGCCUUGUUCCAUUAACCCUCUAUCUCCUUGCUAAUCAAAAGCCCAUCUAACUCUGACUUAAAACCUACCCUCCACAGCUCUGUGGCAUGCGUUUCACAGAUUCACCAUUCUCUGGCUAAAGAAAUACCUUCUCAUCUGAGUUUUAGGGGUUGUCCCUUCACUGAGGCAUUGCCCUCUGGUCCUUGUCUUUCCUAAUGACGGAAAAAUCUUUUCCGCAUCCAGGUUAAGUGCAACUUGAUAUUCAAACCUCUAGCGUUUUCAACACCCCCAACACUUAGUCUGGGCAUCAGAGUAUUCAGUGACUGGGAAGCCCAUCUCCGGAUUUCUUUGUUUCACUCAAUAUCCACAUCUCUCUGCUCACCAACACCCAAUAUACAUCCCUCACAGUGGGAGGAGGAACUAUUGCAAGGUUCUCUCACUCUCCCUCCGCUGGCCCUCCCUCUAUCAGACAGCACAGCUCUUAGUGUCCUAGCUCUUGCCCAUUGCCUCCUGUAUAAGCCUCCUCUCAUCUACCCUAUCCUCUAUCACCAUGCUUUCAUUGGUCCACAAGAUGUUGUGUCCUUCAAUACGGCUGUGCUCCUGAAUAGCUCCUUUUAAAUUUGACCAAAAUGUUAGAGUGUAAUAUGCACUGUGGUUUUUCUCUCCUAGACACUCCAGCAAUCGAAAUGAAGCAUCGAAUGGUGUCACUUUGAGGGGUGAUUUGCGCAGGUGAAGCGUGGAACCUUACGACAACAGCACUUGAGCGUCAGGAUGGAGCAGCUGGAGAACAAAACCUUCUGGGGAACAGGGCUGUCCAGCACUGACUGAGUUUCCACUGCACUGAGCCUGGCUCAGGGAAGGGGGAAUCAGUCUAGUGUUAUGGUGAUUGAGUGAUUCCUGGUGGAAAGUUUAUGUGGGUGAUGCUGCCAGGACCCCAUUUGUUGUCCAUCUCUAAAUGACCCACAAUAAGUCCUUGUAGUGUUGGUGCUCCCACACUGGGAAACAUGGAAAGAGGCUUCAGAAAAUUCCUCCUCAGCAGCACCUACUGGUCAAAACCAGGAACUACAUUACUGCCAGCAACUGGUUUAUAUCCAGGAUUCAGACUCUGGAUGGUUUACAGACUGAAAAUGCACUGAUUAUGCAACACACUAACUUGCUAUUCUGAAAAAAUCUUGAUUAUCCGUACUCUGUGCUCUCUGUCCAAUGUGAUCCUAUGCAUGUGGUAUGUUAUUGUUGACUUUCUGAUUGGGUGGGAAGAGGAACAACUUUUAACUUUGUGUGGGAGGAGCUAGGUUUGUGGCAGGGGUUUAUUUACCACCAGUAUUCUGUACAAUCCAAGGGUGAACUGUAUUCUGAGUGACACUGGAGGAUAUGGUUUCUGUUGGUACAUUUGAGGCUUUGUGACAACUGAGUAUUGAAAAGUAUGGUGGGGACUAUAAUCUAGAAGGCUUUUUCUGUUAAGUGUGUUGGAAUACACUUCUGCUUUCUUAACCCAAAAUUGGCCCUUUGAUAUUUUUGUCUUUUUCAUGAGGUUCAUUCAUCUGUAAGAACUAUGUCACUUUUACUUGUUUUUCUGCAGUUGGAAAGGUGUUUUUUUUUGUACUGGUGAUGUUUUUAAAAGAAAGGUUGUACUGGAAAAGCUUUUUUUUUUUAAUCCCAUCGAUGUUCUCUGCUUUCCCAUGUCUUUUCAAGUCAUCAGUCUCAAAGACAAUUUUUGAUCCCCUUUGCAGCUUUAUCUGAUAGGUUUCAGUUGGGGGGAGGGAGGGGAAGUGAAGGUGGAGAAAGAGUUCGUCAGCGAGACUCAUGGAUAACACCGUUUCUAGUUCCUCUUUGCUACCUGUUGGGGUCAAUUCGUCUGAGGUGCUCCUGAGAUUGGGAGGUGUCAGACAGUUGCCCUCACUGUAUUCAUUGUCUGAUGGGAGUAACUCAUUUUCUUCAAGAACAAAGAGCAGCAAAAAAAAUGACUCAUUUAAUAUGUGACCUCAGUCUCCAUAAAUCUCUUUUAGGUCCCUAAUUGACUCUGGUCCUCCUGUUUUAUCCUUUUCCUGUUCUUGUGUUUGUGGAAGUCUUUUGAUUUACUUUUUGUUAGCUGCCAAUCUCUUGUAUUAAGAAGUUGAAGUCAUGUACUGUACCUUGAGAGUGAACUAAGAGAUAACAACAAGCACUUAUGUGACUAGAUAGUCAGUGUGCUGGAAAAUAUGUAACAUUUGGGUGUGAAAGGAAUACCUGAGUUUUGGUUGGUUAAAUUUAAAUUGUUGUCAAAA